AUGCCCAAAUUGUUCAAUAUGAGGGUCUCCUACUCUGCCGUAUUCGCCUCGUUGGCCGCGGCCGUCAUUAUACCCAGCCCUCUUGGGGGACCUCAUUCCGUUGCAUAUAAGGUGAAGACCUUUGAAGACUCGGCAAGAUGGGAUCCAUAUGCUCCCGAAGAUAAACCCGAGAAGCGCCGAGUUCUUGUAUCAGCUUACGUCCCUCUCGACCAGAAGAACUGCACGAAUGAUGUGGUUCCGUACAUGCCGCCAACGACUGCGAAGGUGAUGGCGCAAGUUUCCGGCUCCUUUGGCGUCCCAGUUCCAGACGAUGUCUUCGAUGACCUCGAACUGGAGUUCUGCGACUUGGGACGGCCUUGCAGGUCGAAAAGAAACUCCGCUAAAGAGGGCUAUCCAUUGGUUCUUUUCUCGCCUGGUCGUGGAGGUUCAAGGCUGGCAUACGGCCUUUUAGCCCGAACACUUGCCAGUUAUGGCUACAUCGUCAUCACAAUGGACCACACAUAUGAGACCAGCAUAGUUGAAUUUCCUGAUGGGAGCGUUGUCUACGCUGUCAAUGCAAACAAUAGCGAGGUGAAAUUUGUUACGAGACUGGUCGAGACACGUCAAGCCGACGUAUCAUUCCUGAUUGACCAAUUGACCACUCCUUCCGUCGCGGCUCAGCUUUUGGACGGCACAAAGGCCACGAUCGACUCGCAGAAGAUCUUCGUCUACGGACAUUCCCUCGGAGGUGCAACUGCUGCGGAAGCCGUUCGUGUGGAUCAGCGCGUACUUGGGGGUCUGAACUUUGACGGUGCAAUGUAUGGACCUAUUACCACCGAGGGUACGGACCGGCCGUUUGUUAUGGUGGGAACACCGAUAUCACUCAACAGGACUCUGGACGGUAUUGCUCCCUGGAACCAGACGUGGGCGAAUUUGCGCGGCCCGGCACUCCUACCGAUUAUUAACGGUACUGAACACAAUACGUUCCUCGACGCGCCUCAGCUGCCCACCAUCAAAGCGUUGCUUCCUGACUUCGGUCCCUUAGUUGCCCAGCUGUUGGGUACUAUUGAUGGUGACAGAGCGGGGUAUCUUACGACUGAAAUCGUGAGGGCUGCUCUACAGUUGGUAUUUGAUGGAAACAAAGAAGGAUUUUGUAACAUCGGAAAACUUGGGCCUGAGAUUACCUACCAAAUCAAGGGAGUAGAUUGCACUUAA